AUAAAAUGUGUUGACUAUUUCUGGGAAAAAGGCCUGAGAUCCGGAACCAAUGAUAUCGGUAGCGUGUUCUUAGAGGGACGUUUUUGCCAUGGCACUGUUGUCAACAUUUGUCCAGUCGUACAUGUCGAAGCUGUCUGCUGAAUAAAUACAAUUUACAGAAUGACAGAUGGUCCAGAAACGCCGCCUAACUAUGAUGAGCAGUUUGCCCACCGGUUUUCUCUCGAGGACCGGGAGUACCAGCAGUACGUGAGUCGCCCCGCCAACCCCCCGCCACUGGUAGAGGACUGGGGGGGGCGUGGAGGCGGAAACAACCGGGGCAGAGACAGCAGAUCCCAGGACCGUGGCGGGUACAGGGGUUGGGGAGGGGACAGGGACCGCGGGGGGGACAGGGACCGCGGGGGGGACAGGGACCGCGGGGGGGACAGGGACCGCGGAGGGGACAGGGACCGCGGAGGGGACAGGGACCGCGGGGGGGACAGGGACAGGCGUUACGGCCAGGGCGGUGGGCAUCAGUCUGGAAGAUACAACUCCUACAACCAGAGACCAUCACAUUACGACCGCUACUGAACUCCUCUUACUGUGGAGUGACCCCGUUCACACCACCCCAGGGCUCUCCAACACUGUUCCUGUAGAGCUACCCUCCUGUAGGUUUUAACUCCAACCCUGUUCCUGGAGAGCUACCCUCCUGUAGGUUUUAACUCCAACACUGUUCCUGGAGAGAGACCCUCCUGUAGGUUUUAACUCCAACACUGUUCCUGUAGAGCUACCCUUCUGUAGGUUUUAACCCCAACACUGUUCCUGGAGAGCUACCCUCCUGUAGGUUUUAACUCCAACACUGUUCCUGGAGAGCUACCCUCCUGUAGGUUUUAACUCCAACCCUGUUCCUGGAGAGAGACCCUCCUGUAGGUUUUAACUCCAACCCUGUUCCUGGAGAGCUACCCUCCUGUAGGUUUUAACUCCAACCCUGUUCCUGGAGUUUAAACCUACAGGAGUUUAAACCUACAGGACGGUCUCUCUCCAGGAACAGGGUUGGGGUUAAAACCUACAGGAGGGUCUCUCUCCAGGAACAGGGUUGGAGAACCCUGCAUUACACACAUAGACCUGACUGACACACACUGUGGCCGUAGCAGGUCAAUCUGAUCUCUCACCUCUCCCAGAUUGAAUAUUGUAUUGAUCAGUGAUGUCAUGCUCUAAUCCACACGGAACAGGAUUACAAAAGUGGUAUUGGUUAUUCCAGCCAGUAGUCUGGGCAUAGAGACAAACUAUUUUCUCUAUAGGCCCUUUUCUAAAGUAGUGCACUAUAUGGGGAAUAUGGCCCUGUUCAAAAGUAGUGCACUAUAUAGGGAAUAGGUUUCCAUCAGUGCAGCAGAGUCAAUAGAGAUGGUUACAACGUGAACUGCAGGACAGGAAAAAUGAGUUGGACUGUUCUUCAACUACCUACCGUCAAAUGUAACAUUUAAGAUGCUCAUCUUUGCUACUAGUGUGAUGAACUGCAUUGAUAGGCAUGUGGUGUAUUGUGGGGUGGCGUGGUUCUCUUGUUUUCAUUUAGUUUGUUUCUCUUGACUCCUAAGACAACAUUCAGCUGGUCUGGAUGUUGAUACAAUGUUAUUGAUUCAAUCUAAAAAUUUGUAAUUAAUGAAACCACAUUUGAACCGUCAAUGUCAUCUAUUUUCUUAUGUCACAAAUAUGCUUAUUCUUUCCAGUUUAAUAUGUGACUUGAAAUUGUAACCAGUAACACAAUUUUUUUUUUCUUGUCUGAAAAAUACAAAUAUAAAAUUGUUCUUUGUCUC